AUGGCAAACGGUGUGUCGCUCCAGCUGACGAGAUGCGGCAGCUUGCGACUAAACAUCAUCGCGACCGGCGCAGCGGUGACCGUGACGCUCACCGACGUCUACUUGGCUCCAAUCCUGGCCAAAAAUAUUAUAUCCUACGAAAACAUCGAGCGUAAAGGGUUCGCGCUCGUGUGUGAUGAAGACAAGCGGUCGCUCACCCGGCGGAAGGCGCUGUCGCUUUUGACGUGGCAAUGA